AUGGCAAUGUUUGGAGGUAUUUAUACUUCAUUGGAUGGUUAUCUUCAAUGCAGAGUUGAUCCUGCGCGGAGUACAGGUAGAAAAGUAGUGAUCACCAUCAACAUCAAAAACGAUAGUUCACUUGACUUGUUUGUCAUUAUAUCGGAUGACGGUGUACAAGGUUACAACUGUCCGAGAUUUACACAACUCAGACAUACUCCAGCACAUGAGAGUUUAUCGAUAGAGUUGGCCGAUCGUCAUUACCCACUUAGUAUCUCAAUAUUGGAAGCCUCCAACAAUCAAUAUCAAUUCGAACCAAUCUCACUUCCACUUCAGUCUUACUCACUGGUGAUAUCACCGAAUUUCCCUACUGCAUCCUAUACUCCAAGAACAAUCUACGAAACACUACCGAAAAAAAAGAUAACCUUCACACUUUCAAAUGUCACCUUUUAUUUAGUUUCGAAAUUACCAGAUCCAGAUAAUAAUAAUAAUAACCAAACAUUGAUUAAAAAAUAUAUAGUAUUAAAUGACAAAACCAAUGAGUUAAAUAUCUAUACACAAUAUAAUUAUGAAAAAUCACCUUCAACAGAAAGAAGAGCAUCAAAUGAAAUAGCGUCUUUGUUAGCAUUGUCCGGGAGCAACAUUCAAUUAUUAAAACUGUUAUUCUAUGACCACAACAAAAAGAAAUCAAACUAUUCUACGAUAACAGAAUUCGGAAAUAAGAAUAUCUAUCAUUUGUGUGAAUUAUAUCAAAGGAACAAUGAUUAUAUACCUGAAGAGGUGAUAUUAUCUUUUCUCCAAAAACUCUUGAACUACCAGAGAGAGUUAGAAAGUAAACACAUUGCACAUUGUAAUAUCGAUGGAUCCAAUGUCUUUGUUAAGGAUGGUCCCAAUCUUGUUUUGAGUAACUUUGAAUACUCUGUCUUCACUUCCAAGAACAACGUAACAGACUCAUCAUUUAAUCUUGUCUCCGAAGGUUAUGAUAAUACUGGAGAUGACAAAAACAACAAUAAUGUUACAAUGAAAGUUAAAGAUGGCAAGUGUGAUAUUUUAGGAAUUGGAAUGGUUAUUCUAUUGUUAUUAUCAUGUCAUAAAGAGGACCUAAAUAAUUUUACUACCUAUCUCAAUGACAAGAAUAAUAUUAUGAUUUCUUCAGAGAGAUACUCUCAAGAGUUGAUUAGAUAUGUCAAAGAAAAUCUGCUUUGUGCAACACCAACUGACAUAGACACUCUUCAAACAUUGUUGGAUGAACAUAUUAGAAAACAACAAUUCACAAUAAUCUAUAACAAACCAACACCUUUUAGAUUCGACAACAAAUGUAGAAUAACAGUUCUCGAGUUUGGUGAUCAAUUUAACCAAGAAUUGGUAGAACUACCAACAACACUCCAAUCCAUCAACCUUGGAAAUAGUUUCAACCAACAUAUUAAACCAAAUACAUUACCAAGAGGAUUAAAGUCUGUUGUUUUCGGAAACAACUACAACCAACCUUUGGAAGUUGAAAUUCUACCAGCAUCAGUGACUUCAAUCAAAUUUGGAAAGGAGUUCAAUCAGUUAUUACCAGUCGGUGUAUUACCAGUCGAAUUGAAACAAUUGACAUUCGGUGAUAAUUUCAAUCAACCAUUGAAACCACAUGAACUUCCAUCAAAGUUGGAGAAUCUCGAAUUUGGCAAGAGUUUCGACAAGAGUAUCCAGGCUGACACACUACCAGACUCUCUUCUGGCUUUAACAUUUGGAGAGUAUUUCAAUCAACCGUUGCCAGAGGUACCAAAGAAUUUGGUUAAACUUGAAGUAGGAAGUAAAUUCACUCAAGAAAUCGAAAUUACCAAGUUACCAGAGUGUAUUACAACAUUAAAAGGUGUCGGUGGUAAAAAAGAAUGGGUUAGAAUUCCAGAUUCCGUUACAAGUUUGACAUUUGGAAGACAUUUCAAUCAACCAAUAUUGAAAGGAAUGUUACCAAAAUCUCUUGUUUAUCUGGAAUUUGGUUCGGAUUUCAACAAUACAAUACAUCCAGAUUCAUGGCCAGAUGGUUUGGAGGUAUUGGUAUUUGGUAAUUCAUUCAAUCAACCAAUAGAACUCUUGCCAUCAAAGAUGAGUUUUCUGACAUUCGGUAACUCAUUCAAUCAGCCAAUUAGUACCAAAGUUCUUCCAAAUAUACAAUAUUUAUCAUUUGGAUUGGGAUAUGACCAUCCUAUUCCUCCUCUCCCAACAUCACUAUAUGUUCUCCACCUCGAUGAUGGAUAUCGUCAUCAAAUUCAAUCAUCAAUUCUUCCUCCAAACCUUACUUCUCUGACAAUUGGAAGUAAAGAACACAUCGACUAUAUUCAAGCAUUAAAGAAGAACAAUAUCAGCUAUCAUUUCCCAGACAGAUCAGAUCAACACUUUACUAUUUUACAAUUGAAAUGUGACCAGGAAACCACACCAGGUAGUGAGGAAUACACUUUUGUCAACAAAACCAACGAAGAUCUUAUCAUUUAUCUUCGAUCCAAGAACAAAGACAAACAAGAUAGAUUAUCGAAUCAUUUUAUACACAAACUAAAUUCACCUCCAGAACUCAAAAGUCGGAACAUCAUCAAGUUAAAAUCAAAUGAUUAUAUUUCCAUUUCCCAAAUAAUAAUCAUGAAGUUCACAAACAGAACCCUCAUUUCCAAAAUCUUGGAUUUUUCAGAGGUGGGACCAGGUCAAUUUACUUUUUCAAUCGCAGAUUCUUUCACAUUUCUCAGCCAUGAUCAAAAACCUUUGAUGUUUCCAGUUAACCAUAUAUUAAAUCCCAAGGAACUCCAACAUUUGACAAAGGAACUACCUGUUAAUUUAGAUGACAAGAGUUACCACAACGUUUUUACAUUCAGAAAUGGAGCCAAUACUUCACAUCUCUUAAUGGAUGGAGAAACUCAUGAAUUGUUUGUAUGUAAAUAUAUUAAUCGAAAUAUCCAAAAUGAAAUUUAUGCACUCCAAUCAGUUCGAGGUAAAAAGAAUUUCGUUCAAUAUGUAACUCAUGUAUAUGAUCCUUUAAACAAAAAGGUACUCUUAUUGACCAAGUAUUGUAAUGGAGGUGACCUUUCACUUAUAAAAGAAUCAAUAAUCAAUUGGAAUGAGAAUAACCCUCAACAGUUAUAUUAUUUCCCAGAGGACACGUUAUUCUCAUAUGCAAAACAACUGGGAAAAUGUGUCGAAGAAUUGAGCAAAAUCAAAGGUGUAAUUAUACACUGUGAUAUUAAACUUGCCAAUAUCUUUUUGGAAAAUAACCUAUUGGUUCUGGCUGAUAUGGGUUGUUGCAAAUGUCUUGAUCCUAUUAAACUGGCCAAUUUAAUUCCUGAUGGUGCCGACUUGGCUUCACUUGAUUCUGAGAUGGAGAAGGAAACGAUAACAGACAGUUCAGCAGCCACAGUAACAAGCCAAGAGCCAGAAGAGUUACCAACAAUUCUAGAAAUAAACGACAAGAGAAACAUUGAAAAUCAAUGUGUAGAGCUAGUAUCAAGAGGAACUGACGGUUACAGAGCACCCGAAACUCAAAAUAUUGAUAAAGAAAAAAGAACCUAUUCUAUUGCAAGUGAUUUAUUUUCAAUAGGUUCUGUUUUACAUAACUUAUCAACUUUACAUCCAAAGGAUAGACAAUAUCGCAAACAAUUUAUAUCGACUAAAUAUAAAGAGGUUCAUAUAUCAGAUAAUCGAUACUCUCAACAUUUUAUUAUAAUUGUUCGAACGUUGCUAUCAGUAGAUCCAAAAGAGAGAGGAAGCCUUCCAACUUUUCAAAACACCAUUGCCUUAGGUCAAAUGUCCUAUUUAAUUAAUUAA